AUGGGUGGCCGACCAAAGGAGCUCCCAGACUUUACUCGCCAGCUUCAUUUUGAGUUUGCUACCAAGGAUUUGGGUUCUCUUUGUUACUUUCUUGGUCUUGAAGCUUCACCCACUCCUAAUGGUCUUUUUAUUAGUCAGUUAAAAUAUGUUCGAGAUAUUCUCACUCGUGCUCAGUUGCUCGAUAGCAAACCAGUCCACACUCCCAUGGUUGUUUCUCAGUACCUGACUACUGAUGGUUCUUCUUUCUCUAAUCUUACUCUCUAUCUAUCUCUUGUUGAUGACCUUCAGUACUUAACCAUUACGCGUCUAGAUUUUGCCCAUGGUACCAAUUCUGUCAAUCAAUGUUUGCAUGACCCUACUGUAGAUCACUUUCUUGCUGUCAAACGUAUUCUUCUCUAUGUUAAGUGA